CUCAGUUUUUUUGUGGGUUAUCUGCUCGGAUGAUAAUGGUGCAUUACGAGUGUCCUGAGUAUUCUCAACGGAAAAGUGACAUUUGUCGACCCAAGGAUAACAUCGGUAUAUCUUGCACUUUUUCUCAAGAAAAUAUCAUGAAACAGUCAACGACAGGUAUUAGACGGAAAUACCUCGGGCCUAAGGAUAACCUUGGAAUAGCCUGUCUGCCCACUAUGGUUCAAGCUAUGAAACUCAGAGAUAUCCCCGAAAUAUCAGAAGAUUCCUCCGGUGAAACUCAUGCGAAUUCUGACUUGGAUCCGUCCACGGGUGAUACACCGGCGAAGCAGAAGGUGCGCUUUCCAAGGACCAAGAUCACCGGUAGAGCUCGGUGCCAUGCCCCUAAAGAUAAUCUUCAAAGUUCCGGCCGACACGUUGACAGUAAAUGAUAAUCAAUUUUGAGAUUUCCAAGCAUAUUAAUUUCUCUUUCUUCGUGUCUUGGAUCCACGUUUCUCUUUAUUUGAAAAUACUGCCGUUGAUGAUAUUUAUAAUUAAUUUCUAAACUUAAAACGGAUUUUUUUUUAUUCAAACUU